AUGCUUUUGUACUUUGCCUACGCCGACUAUGAAGAGGAGAGGAUGAAGUACGAAAAAGUACAAAGCAUUUACAACCGUUUCAUCGACAUCCCGGAUAUUGACCCAACUUUGGCAUAUAUUCAGUACCUGAAAUUCGCCAGACGCACGGAGGGCAUCAAGGCCGCCAGGGCGAUUUUCAAAAAGGCCAGAGAAGACGCUCGUAGCAAAUGCCAAGUAUACGUCGCCGCGGCGUUAAUGGAAUACUAUUGUAGUAAAGAUACCUCGAUUGCCUUCAAAAUUUUUGAGCUUGGUCUUAAAAAAUACGGAGACAAGCCCGAGUUCGCCCUUGCCUACAUCGACUUCCUGUCGCAUUUGAACGGUACGAUUGUAAUUUUUCUGUUUGCUGCUGUUUUUUUCUCCAUCGUCAUCGAAUCUUCUAGAAGACAAUAAUA